AUGCCGGGGCGGAGCUCUUCCCGGGACUGUAUCUGCCGGUGCAGGGUGGGCAAAGCGGCUCGUUUCGGCUCGCUCCCGGAGAUGCUCGAUAUGGAGCUGAACAUUGACCCGUCAGAGCUGCAGCCGCUGGGGGAAUACGACUUUGAGAAGAAGUUAAACGUCCAGGAAGUUAGGGAAUGGAUGCAGCAGAACUGGUACAAGUCUUUCUUUUUUGCUAUGGCUUAUCUGAUCGUGAUCUUUGGAAUUCAGCACUUCAUGAAGGAACGGAGAGCCUACAACCUGCGUGUACCACUGACCCUGUGGUCCUUCAGUCUGGCCUUGUUCAGUGCCAUUGGGGCCUAUCGGGUCUGGAAGCAAAUGGCCUUCAUCCUCUCUACCAAGGGAUUUAAGCAAUCCGUGUGUAGUCAGUCCUUCUAUGUCCACCCUGUCUCCAAGCUUUGGGUCUGUUUAUUUGUGCUGACCAAAUUCCUGGAACUGGGUGACACCGUGUUCAUUGUUCUCCGGAAAAAUAAGCUCAUCUUCCUCCACUGGUACCACCACGUUACUGCGAUGGUCAUCAGCUGGUGUGGCUAUAAGGAAAUGGUGGCUGGCAGCGGCUGGCUUGCAGUCUUGAACUUCAGUAUCCAUGCUAUCAUGUACUCCUACUAUGCUGUGCGAGCUGCAGGCUUCCAGGUACCCCGCUCCAUCGCCGUGGUAAUCACCAUUUCACAGAUGGUGCAGAUGCUGGCAUUUUUAGUAAUUAAUGCCUUGAUCAUCUUCUGGAUGGAGGAUAAGGUCUGCCACACCACCUGGACAAUUGUUUUCCUUUCAUCUGUUGUGUAUAUCAGCCUGCUGGUGCUCUUCUGCAACUUCUUCCUCAAGACUUAUCUGAGCAACACCCAGAAAUCAAAGGGGGAGUAA